AUGCACGGACAGGGAGAGCAAGGACGUUCAAGACAGGAGAAUUAUUUUAAGAACAUUCGCAGAUUAAACAGAGCUAGCCAGAGCACAAGCAGCGAUCAUGGAUAUGAAUUUGUACACAGUAAUGACUCGGAAAUGUCUUUAGGACAUUUUGAUAUACCGGCUGUAAGCUAUUCACCAGAUAGGUACACAAGAGGGAGUCGUCGAAAUUCACACUCUCCAAUACAUGAAAUAUAUAGUCGCUCACCUUCUGUCUCUCCGAGUAGGGUGUUGCUGCAGAAUCAAAGUUCAUACUUUCUAAGUGGAAAUCCCUUCACUAUUCCGGAACUUCCACAACUUAAAAACGUUAAUUACGAGCAUCUAAAUACACAUUCGGGAAAAAAACAUGGCACGCAAAGUAUCCCUCUGUAUGAGAUAGGCCCCACUGAAGAUCCUUUUGAUGAUAAAUAUAAGACUCAUGAUGAUCCAUCCUGUUAUGAUCACUUGGAGAGAGGAGAUUUUUUCGGUGGUUACGAAUUUGACGACGAUGAACUAGAAGGUGGAGCCGAAGAGAACUUUGAUCCGUUCCCGGUUUUGGGGAACUCUUACUAUCCUAUAAACACGCCAUAUGAUGUCUACAAUCCAUUUGAAGUUGAGUAUUCUUCAGACAAUUCUUCGGAUGGAUCCGUAUCUGUGAGUUCAACUACUAACACCGCUUCUAAAAGUUCACUGCUAACCAGAAGAGAUUCAACCUUCAAGAAUGCCAAGGCAGUUGCUAAAACUGUAGAAUUCUAUAACAAUGGAGAGCACAUAGACGAGGAUGUUACAAAUCCAUCAGCCAAGCAGGUUAGAAUGGUCGAUGGAAACCUAGUUCUCGAUUGUCCUAUAUCGGAAAUUCUAUUGAAUAAGUAUAAAGUGCCACUUAGUGAGAAAGAUAGGGAGUUUUUGUUCAUGAGGUUCCAAGCGUGCACAGCAGAACCAGAGGAAUUUCAGCAGAAGAAAUUCUCCUUGCGACAGCUGUUUUACACCAAGCCCAGAGAAACGGAAUUGAUGAUUGUCAUUACAAUGUACAAUGAAGACGAAAUAUUGCUAGCUCGAACAUUAAAGGGAGUCAUGAAAAACAUCAGGUAUCUGUAUAGUUUGAAAAACUCUUCAACAUGGGGUAAGAAUUCAUGGCAAAAAAUUGUUGUGUGUAUAGUGAGCGAUGGCCGGCAGAAGUUGAAUCCUAGGUCGAAGGCGUUAUUGGCUGCGUUGGGAGUGUACCAAGACGGAUUUGCCAAAAAUCAGAUAAAUGACGAAGAGGUAAUUUCUCAUAUUUACGAAUACACUACGAUGGUUGGAAUCUCUAAGAUAUACAAUGAUCGUGUUACUCUAACAACAGAGAACCAAGUACCAAUCCAAAUGGUGUUUUGUUUGAAGGAGCAAAACAAGCAAAAGAUUAAUUCACACAAGUGGGCUUUUAAAGCGUUUGCUCCAGUUUUGAAGCCUAACGUGAUCAUCCUACUAGAUGUUGGCACGCAGCCUGAAAAUAAGUCUCUAUAUAAACUCUGGAAGAGUUUUAAGGACAACCCAAGAGUUGCAGGAAGCUGUGGAGAGAUCAAGGCAAGUCUCGGUAAAGGGUGGAGACUGCUUUUGAAUCCCUUAAUUGCGGCACAAAACUUUGAGUACAAAGUGUCAAACAUAUUAGACAAGCCUAUGGAAAGUGUAUUUGGAUUUGUUACGGUUUUACCUGGUGCAUUUUCAGCGUAUCGGUACGAGGCUUUGCUCGGUGAGCCGAUGGAUAAAUACCUGAGAGGUGAGGAUUUGAGCAAGAACAACGAAGACGGCAUUUUCAACGCCAAUAUGUAUCUAGCCGAAGACAGAAUCUUAUGUUUUGAGCUGAUAGCAAAGAAAAACGAAAAAUGGAUAUUAAAGUACAUUCAUUCAGCCGGGGCUUACACGGAUGUCCCUGAGCGUAUAGAUGAUUUCAUUUCACAGAGACGUAGGUGGUUGAAUGGUUCCUUUUUUGCUGCUCUUUACUCAGUUUGCAAAUUUUUCAAAAUUUGGAGUACAAACCACUCAUUUGGAAGAAAGAUAAUGUUACAGGUACAAUUCGUGUACCAACUUCUAAAUUUAUUGGUUUCAUUCUUCUCCUUGGGUUCGUACUUUCUAGUUUUUCGGAUUUUAAGCUGUUAUCUAGCGGAGCCUAGCGUCAAAUUUGCGCCAGGUAAUAUACUCUCUGUGUUUUUUUUAUGGUUAUAUAUGGCAUCUUUAGCAACCACAUUUGUCUUGUCAUUUGGCAAUAAACCUAAGGGUACCAGAAUGUUUUAUUUGAUCAUAGUGGUGUUCUUUGCCAUUUUAAUGUGUUACAUGAUAUUCGCAUCAAUUUUAUUAUCUGUCCAAUCUUUUGAAGAAAUCAUAGGAGAUAAAGACUUUUCCUGGGAUUUUAUAUUUGUUAAAACACAAUUCAGAAAUUUAAUCAUUUCAACUUUAUCCACAUAUGUUUUAUAUUUGAUUGGGUUCAUCAUGUUUCUGCAACCCAUUCAUAUGUUCACAAGCUUUAUUCAAUAUUUGCUACUUUCCCCGGCCUAUGUGAAUAUCUUGAACAUUUAUGCAUUCUGUAAUAUGCAUGAUAUAUCGUGGGGUACAAAAGGCCAAGAUAAAGUGAAUGAUUUAGGUGUUGCAAAGAAAGGUAGUUCUGACAAAGAUGAGCUUGAGAUUGUCAUUCCUACCACCAAAUAUCAGAUUGACGAAGGCUAUUCGUCCAUGGUAAAGGAAUUAAUGGUACCGAGAGAUUCCGGGAAUAAUAAUACAGAAAUAAACCUUGAUGAGAAGACUGUAUUUUACUUUGCAUUUUUCAGAUCAAUGGCUGUGCUAGUUUGGAUGUUUAGUAACUUUAUUUUGGUAGCAGUUGUCACUGAAACAGGAGGAUUGUCACAGCUUUUCCCCAACUCGGAUUCAGAGAGCGAUUCUAUCUUGCCAGAAAAACAAAGCUUUAUCUUUCUAAGCGUUAUCCUGUACAUUGUGGCGUUCAUGGCUUUGUUUAGGUUCUUAGGAAGUUCCAUUUAUCUAAUUCAAAGAGGUUUGAAUAAGAUUGGUUACCGGACUUAA